CAAUGGCGGCCGGUGGACGGCGGCGGCGGCACAAAUUGUAAACAAUAGGCGCACAUGAAGAUUUUUGAGUUUUGAAGAUAAAUAAUUGUUAUUUUUAUGAAAUUAGACAUUUAACGUAAAGGCAAAAAUUAAUCCUCCAUCUCAAUAACAAUUUCAACGAUGUCUUUGGGUUUUCCUUUUGGCCAACCGGCCGCAACAUCAGCCCCACCGGCCUUUGGUGCUGCAACUUCAUCCUUUUCAUUUGGAUCCGCGCCAGCAGCAAAUCCUCAGCAAACCUUCGGGGCUCCGGCCUCUUCAGCUCCCUCGACAGGGUUGAACUUCGGUUCGCAGCCCACAGCUUCUGUAGCUCCAUUGUCCUUUGCCGGAGCAACUGGCGCACCUUCCUUUGGUGCUGCUACCUCAACAGUACCCGGCUUUGGGGCCCCGGCCUCUUCAAUAUCAAGUUUUGGAGCUCCAAUUUCAUCUGCACCUACCUUUGGAGCACCUGCUGCCUCCGUGGCGCCAACGUUUGGAGCUCCAACAACUUCGGCAGGAACUGGAUUUUCUUUCGGAGCCCCUGCCAGUGCUGCUACCAGUUUACCAUCAUUUGGGGCUCCAACUUCCUCAGCUCCAUCAUUAUUUGGAGCAUCGGCUACACCCGCGGCAACAGGCACAUUGACUGCAGGAUUAAAUUUUGGAGGAUUUGGGGGACAAACCUUAACAUCACAACCAAGUCUUGGAGGUGGUCUUGGUGGCGGGCUAUUUGGCGCUACAAGCACUGCAAAUUCUGGUGGCCUAUUUGGUGCUAAACCACCUGCUUUUGGAGCUGUACCAACAAGCGCAAUUUCUGCUUCCACAGCCACUCCAGCAUUCACAGGCCUUGGAGGCCAAGCUGUAACUCUUGCUUCUCUUUCAGGAGGCCUUGGAAGCAAUGAGCAAAAGCAAGACAAAGCAGUCAUGGACCAAGAUCUGCCUCAGCCAAUAUUGCAGUGCAUCGAGGAGUUCAAAAACUUUGUGAAGCAGCAGAAAAACAUUUCCUCUGAUAUAGCCAGAUCCUCGUGCCGCCCUUCAGAGCGGGCCAGUGAAGAUAUAGAGAGCAUCAAGCAAAGUUUGUUCAGCAUAAGGAAUGAUAUCCAGAAUUACUCCUUCCAGGCCAAAAAGUUGAAGGGUGAAGCAGACAGGACAAUUAAGCACGCCGAAAUGGCGCAACAAACUCAAAUUAUAGCCCAUUCCAUGCAAGAUAAACAUUUUGAGCCUGAUAAUUAUUUUGGAGAAGUAGUUUCGAAGAUUGAAGAGGAGUUGAAAUUGAUUAGUCAAGAAGUGGACAGUGUCGAGAGAGUGGUUCAGUGCACCACCCAGAAUACUACUUUGAAGAAAGAGGAACUUGUUCAGACUGUGAAACGUCUUCAUGAGAUUUUCAUUGCUGUGGCUAGCAAAUUACAACAGGUACACAGCAACAUUGAGCAGAAGAAAGAGCAGUAUGCCAUACUGAGGCAGCAGAUCACCCAUGACUCGACUGAUGUGUUCCAACAGUUGCAAAGAAGCAAGCAAAGUUCACAUGCCGGGGUGUCCCAAUUCCAGACUGGUCCAUCUCUUUUCAGCAAUGUUCAAAGCAGCGCAAACAUUGUUGCCCCAGUGCCUGCUCCUUCUCGCCAGAGCUUUACGCCAAACCUCGGUUUUGGAGCCAUCCCAACUCCUACGCUUGCUGUCGAAAACACACCUUUCCAACUUCAGCAGCCCCCUCUGGGCAACAAGAGAGGAAAACACUAGAACAGCCUGAAGAACUUUAAUUUUGCUCAUUUCAAAUGAUUCUGUUAAAUUUAAUAAAUUUCAACAUAAAGAGAUAAGAUUACCAAU